CGGUGAUUGGUCCAUUGCCACGCCAUCGUGUGACGUGCUGUUCUGGACCUGUGUACCCACGUGUGGCUCUGCCGGGAGAUACCGGUGAGCUGCGGUUCGGUUUCCACGGUUCCGCAGAGGGAGUCCCUGCCCCAUCAUGCCUCACAGAAAGAAGAAGCCCUUUAUAGAAAAGAAGAAAGCUCUGUCGUUUCACCUGGUCCACCGGAGCCAGCGAGAUCCCUUAGCAGCAGAUGAAACUGCACCCCAGAGAGUUCUGUUGCCUACACAGAAGGUAAAUACUGAGGAGAGACGGGCAGAGCAGAGGAAGUACGGCGUGUUCUUCGAUGAUGACUAUGACUACCUGCAGCACCUGAAGGAGCCGUCUGGACCCGCAGAGCUCGUUCCCAGCACCGCCUUCAGCACGCACAGCUGUGACGAUAAAGAAGCCUCGGUGUUUCCAAGCACUGCAAUUAAGUUGCCUUCAUCAGUGUUUGCAUCAGAGUUUGAGGAAGAUAUUGGAUUGUUAAACAAAGCAGCUCCAGUUUCAGGACCUCGACUGGAUUUUGAUCCUGACAUUGUUGCUGCUCUUGAUGAUGAUUUUGACUUUGACGACCCAGAAAACCUCCUUGAAGAUGACUUCAUCCUUCAGGCCAACAAGCCAGUGGGAGAAGAUGGGAUGGAUGUGCCGGAUUCUGACAGUGAGGAUGGCAAUGCGUGGGAAGAUGUGGAGGAUGAGGAUGGGAGCGAGGAUGACUGUAGCUCUGCAGGCCGACUGUCAGGUGGAGGUGAUGGAUCUGCCCCUGGUUCACCUCAGGAAACCACCAGAAAGCACCUAUUUUGGGAAGAGGAAACAAAAAGCCGUUUCACAGAGUAUUCCAUGACAUCUUCAGUCAUGAGGAGAAAUGAACAGCUGACUCUGCAUGAUGAGAGGUUUGAGAAGUUUUAUGAACAAUAUGACGACGAUGAAAUCGGAGCUCUGGAUAAUGCAGAACUGGAAGGUUCCAUUCAAGUCGACAGCAGUCGGUUGCAGGAAGUUCUGAAUGACUACUAUAAGGAGAAGGCCGAGAAUUGUGUAAAAUUGAAUACUCUUGAGCCUUUUGAGGAUCAAGAUCUGCCAAUGAGUGAGCGUGAUGAGUCUGAAAAGGAAGAGAUUAUUACUGUGGUUCUUCAGGAAGCCAAAGAGAAGUGGGAUUGCGAGUCCAUUUGCAGUACAUACUCCAAUUUAUACAACCAUCCACAGCUUAUCAAAUAUGAACCAAAGCCCAAACAAAUCCACCUGUCUUCUAAAACGGGAAUACCUCUCAAUGUCUUACCGAAGAAAGGCCUCACGGCAAAGCAGGUUGAACGAAUGCAAAUGAUCAAUGGCAGUGAUCUACCCAAGGUGUCCACCCAGCCACGUUCCAAAAAUGAAAGCAAAGAGGAUAAAAGAACAAGAAAGCAAGCCAUAAAAGAGGAGCGGAAGGAACGCAGAGUGGAGAAGAAAGCUAAUAAACUAGCAUUCAAACUGGAGAAAAGAAGGCAAGAAAAGGAGCUGCUGAACUUGAAGAAAAAUAUUGAGGGUCUAAAGCUGUAAUUAUGGGACAUUUGGUGUACGUUGUGUUCCGUUUCAGUGGUCUUUAUUACGCUCCAUAAUUAAUCAGGAUCUCAAGAGCGGUAAACUUGUCCCUGCCAUUUUUAUAUGCAAAUAGCUGAGAGAAAUAGUGUUUGUAUUUUUAUACAAGUGAGGUUCUCUUGUCAGCUAACUUGUAAAUACUGUAAUGGUGUAAGUUUAAUAUUAUAAGCUUAUAUUUCCUCUGAAAUAAAUGACUUCAUGAAUGUUUGGAUAAAUUAAAGGAAAAUGUCUUCAUAACAUGGACG